CCAAGCAGGUUUGGUUUGGCUUCCUGCUUGUAUAAAUAUGAUUGGCUUAGCGUAAACUCUUUGCCAUUCUUUUCAUACUAAUAAGCAACUUUUGAAAAAACAAAAAUUCUGGGGCUGGUGAAUGAAUUAUUAUGUCAUUGAUUUGGGAUUAAGCAGAAAUAUCAGCUUCUGCAAGUAGAAAUCACUUGUUCUUCAUCAGUUUCUUUCAGAAAUGAUUCGGGGAAUUAUAGUCGUCUUGUUGAUCGGGUUUCUGGCGUGGGCAUAUCAUGCUACCGUUCCUCCACCUCCAAAAAUCUGUGGCUCUCCCGGCGGCCCUGCCAUUACAGGACCUAGAAUAAAGCUGAGAGAUGGAAGGCAUUUGGCUUACAAGGAGCAUGGCUUGCCAAAACAUUUGGCCAAACAUAAGAUUAUCUUUUUCCACGGUUUUGGCUCUUGCAGACAUGAUGUAGUCAUUUCACAGAACCUCUCUCAAGAAAUUGUUGAGGAACUUGGGAUAUACAUUGUGUCGUUCGACAGAGCAGGAUAUGGCGAGAGUGAUCCGAAUCCGAAGAGAACCAUAAAGAGUUUGGCGAUGGAUACAGAAGAGCUUGCUGAUCAGUUAGGACUUGGAUCCAAGUUUUAUGUUGUUGGGUAUUCUAUGGGAGGUCAAACAGUUUGGAGCUGCCUCAAGUUCAUCCCCCAUAGGCUAGCUGGAGCAACACUGAUUGCUCCAGUUAUCAACUACUGGUGGCCUGGAUUUCCCAGAAACUUAUCGACCGAAGCUUACAACCUACAGUUACCACAGGAUCAAUGGGCUCUUCGUGUCACCCACUACGCUCCAUGGCUGACCUACUGGUGGAACACACACAAAUUAUUUCCUGGAUCUGCUGUUGCAGCAAGUCAUCCUGAAAUCUUCUCUCCUCAAGAUAUACAACUUUUCUCUAAGCUUGCAGGGAGACAAACACACAAGUCACAAGUGCUUCAGCAAGGAGCGUUCGAGUCCAACCAUCGUGACAUGAUGAUAGGAUUCGGGAGCUGGGAAUUUGAUCCAAUGGAUCUCCAAAACCCUUUUCCUGAUGGUGAAGGCUCUGUUCAUAUAUGGCAGGGUGAUGAAGAUAGGCUUGUGCCAGUAAUCCUGCAACGCUACAUAGCAAAAAGACUUCCAUGGAUUCAAUACCACGAGUUACAGGGUGGUGGACACUUGUUUCCACUUCUAGACGGGAUGAGUGAAUCUAUCUUAAAGGCUCUCUUACUUCAUAAAGAAGUAACCUCAGUUUGAUUUAACUAGCACGGACACUUUGUUCAUCAAUGUCAUUUACUUACAAAACUAUUCCGGACUUAUCUAAGUCUGCACUCAUGACACUUGCUUUCUAGAAAGCACAAAGCAAUGAAUUGAUGUUUUUUUCGCAUCC